AUGGCUCGUUCGCCUAGGAUCCGGCCAAAAGUGAAGAGGACCAAGACGUUCACUGGAUGUUGGACUUGCCGUUCUCGCCGAGUGAAAUGCGACGCAACCAGACCAGUCUGCCAAAGGUGCAUCAAAAGUAAACUUUGUUGCGCCGGAUAUCGAAUUAGACUGGUAUGGGGCCAGGAUGCUAUAUGCACUGAGGGUGUGCAGCCAUCGACGCUCGAUGGUCGAAUUCUCUUCAGCAAAGAGGACAUGAGCAAUCCGACUUUUAGUGAUGACUACAUUAACUCUAUUCUUGAUCGCUUAGAAUAUUUCGAGGAAUAUGCUCAAGUUGGUCUCGGCAAUGAGAUCAAACUAGGCCCAUUCACAGUGUUCACAGGCUCGUCGGUUCUUUCCACGUCAACUAGGUCCUCAGACUGUGGAGAUGUUGAAGACGACGAAGUGAUCACCACUUUUAGUGAAGGAAUAUCCGCGAGUACGCCUGAGGAGAAGAAUAUUUUAGAACCCAUGCCUUCAACUCAGACUAUGUGCCGUUACAAGGAUCAGCCAACACCUACACUCAUGCUACAGCAACGGCUUCUUCCUUUCCUUAAGCCUUUCCUGUCCUCGUCGUCAGUCACAGAGCGACGGCUUUUGCACUUCUGGGUUACUUCUGCAAGCUCAAUCAUGACAUGCACUGAUCAUCCCGACAACCCCUUCAGACAAGUUGUCAUACCAAUCGCUUUGGAAGCUGCCGCGUCUUCUCACAAGCUACCUGGUCAUGCAGCAUUGUUGCAUAUCAUCUAUGCCUUCGCAGGUUUCCAUCUCGCACAACUAGAUCAGUCUGAUCAGAAUAGCAAGGAGAUUGCCACGAAUCAUUACCAUGCCAGCCUACGACACCUUUGCAAAAGUCUGACUGAUCAGAAUCCCCACAAGCAAUACGAUGCUAUCCUAGCAGUAAUAAUCCUUGUGAUAUCAAUAGAUACACUCAACGGCCAGUCUGGCCAAUGGCAAAUUCAUAUGCGAGGAGCAAGAGAAUGGUUGAGGGAAGUUGGUGACGUUUGGAGUAACCACGCAUACGGGCAUGUCAUGUACCAGAUGUUUGAAUGCUUGGAGAUAAUGGGUCAUACACAGACCCCCCAUAUCCAGCUUCCGUCUAAUCUCACGCACAAGCAGAAACCGAAUAUUGACAAACUGUUCUCAGCCACUAGCGAUGUCAGUGAUAAUCCUUACUGUCUUGACAAAUUCUUUGGGGUGACGAAGCCAGUCCUGAAGAUGAUUAUGGAUAUCAACAGGCUCCUUGGCUCUGAACCUACCCGGGAAGAGCUCGCUAUCAUCGAACACGAAAUACUCCUUGCCAACCCUAGCACUACUCGAUUUCCAGGUCCCAAAGAUAUAGAGCAAAUCACAAGGAGUCAUGCCUGCGCACUCUACUACUCUGCCAACACAAAACUGUCGCUGGUCUCUUCUGGCCAGUCUGCGUCACGGCAUGUGAAGCAGAAGAUAGAGAGCUUCGUCUUCGAUGUGUAG